AGCAGAACUCGUCACUUGCCAUCUUCUGCCAUAUACUUGAUUUCGAUGAAGAUGGCAGAAGAUGUGCUUCUCUAACCCCACGUGAGGGAGUGCUAUUCAAACUCACUCAGAAGAGCUCGCCGUCGAAUGUGUCACCCAUGCGAAACGACAGUAUAAAACCUCUCUGGGAGCGACGGGGAUGCUGUUGUAGACACAGACUUAUCAUUACUGUACUGCAAAAUGAUGAAGGGCGUAUACGCAAUCCCCCUGUUCUCUCUCUGGUUCACCUUGGCUCGUGGCCAGGCCCAGGAGUGGCAGCAAUGCGGCGGUAUUGGCUUUACCGGCUCCACGACCUGUGUCUCUGGUAGUGUCUGCUCCGUCAUCAAUGAUUACUACUCUCAGUGCGUCCCUGGCACUGCGUCUUCUGCAAGCGCAAGCGCGACCUCCAGUGCCCCAACGCCUUCCGGUAGCGCGCCAGCUAGCGCUGGUCCUCUGCGUUUCGCAGGUGUGAACAUCGCCGGCUUCGACUUCGGCUGCAACACCGACGGGUCGUGCACGGCCAGCGGCGCGUGGCCUCCUCUGCUUCAGUACUACGGUCAUGAUGGUGCCGGACAGAUGCAGCACUUCGUCAAUGACGACGGCUUCAAUGUCUUCCGUCUCCCCGUCGGCUGGCAGUUCCUCACCAACGACGUACUCACUGGUACCCUUGAUGAGGACAAUUUCCAGGAGUACGACACGCUUGUCCAGACUUGCUUGGCUACCGGCGCGAGCUGCAUCAUCGAUGUGCACAACUAUGCUCGCUGGAAUGGAGAGAUCAUAGGCCAAGGAGGUCCAAGCAAUGAUAUCUUUGCUUCUCUCUGGAGCAACAUUGCAAGCAAAUACGCCGAUAACGACCAAAUCAUCUUCGGAGUCAUGAACGAGCCCCAUGACAUCCCAGACAUCAACCUCUGGGCAGGAUCCGUCCAGGCCGCUGUCACCGCCAUCCGCCAAGCAGGCGCCACGACGCAGCUGAUCUUGCUGCCGGGCAACGACUACACCUCUGCUGAGACCUUCAUCUCGAACGGCUCUGCGGCCGCGCUGGGCAAUGUCACGAACCCCGAUGGCGGCUUCACCAACCUGAUUUUCGACGUCCACAAGUACCUCGACUCAGACAACUCCGGUACCCAUGAUGACUGCGUGACGAACAACAUCGACGACGCUUUCGGCCCACUCGCAACCUACCUGCGUGCCAACGGCCGCCAAGCAUUUAACACGGAGACAGGCGGUGGAAACACCGACUCGUGCGCGACGUACCUGUGCCAGCAGAUCGCCUUCGUUCAACAGAACUCUGAUGUCUUCCUCGGCUAUGUCGGCUGGGCCGCUGGCAACUUCGACCCGAGCUACGUCCUGAGCGAGGUCCCAACGGACACGAACGGCGUCUGGAAUGACACUUCGCUCGUGACUGCUUGCUUGGCACCCAAGUAAUCGCGGAAAUGACACACCGUUCUCCUAGACUUCCAGAUCCCUUCAUUCGUUUCGUUCGGGGUUCUGGGUUGUACUUAAGACCAGCGGAUUACAUAUAUGCUAUCAAUCUAUACGGUUUUGCG